AUGGAUUUAAACGGAAAUUGUAACGUUUUCGGCGACAACUACAAAAUCGAAGACUGGCAAUCCGCUACGGAAAUUACUGCCGACAAUGUGCUCUUCGCUACGAAAACUCACGAUGACGAUGCGCUACCUGCAGAGAAUCGUGUACAGCAACCUGACAUUGACAUUGAGCACUCAUUGGUGCCAUUUCGUACAGAAAACCUCUGGCAAGACCAUCAGCGGUUACAGUUUCUGCAGCAAGUAAAUACAUGGAAUAUGAUGAGCUAUAAGAUGUGGGAAAUGCAACGGCAACAGCAUCUGAUACCGAUGUACUCCAAUGCUUGGAGUAUGGAAAAUCAUAUGCCACUCGGAGUUAAUUGCGGAGCGCCCACCGAAAGCGCCUAUCUUAUUUAUCCCUGUCCUCAUGUCCAUUUACUGGAAAAUAAAGGUUUUCCUGUUUCUUUACACACAUUGACUACGACCCACACGCUCACCACAACACCGAAGUCUUCCUCACAGUCGUCAAAUACCAAGAAACCAAAAAGAACACGAAUCCAGUAUACUAAGGAUCAAGUUUUCAUCUUGGAAAGCACAUUUCAAAACAAUAGGUAUCUGAACAGAAUGAUGCGAGAAUGGUUAGCGAAUGAACUGGGCAUUACUGAAAAGCAAGUGAAGACCUGGUUUCAAAAUCGACGCUUAAAGAAGAUGAGCAUCUAG